AUGGCUCAAUUCGCAAAACUCUCCAUCUUUGGAACCGUCUUUGAGGUCACCACUCGCUAUGUCGAUCUCCAGCCCGUCGGAAUGGGCGCCUUCGGUCUCGUCUGCUCGGCCAAGGAUGAGCUCACUGCUCAGCCCGUCGCCAUCAAGAAGAUCAUGAAGCCCUUCAGCACCCCUGUCCUGUCGAAGCGCACCUACAGAGAGUUGAAGUUGUUGAAGCACCUCAAGCACGAGAACAUCAUCAGCUUGAGCGAUAUCUUUAUCUCGCCACUGGAGGACAUUUACUUUGUGACAGAGUUGCUCGGAACGGAUUUGCAUCGUCUGCUGACCUCGCGACCCCUUGACAAGCAAUUCAUCCAGUACUUUUUGUACCAGAUCUUGCGUGGUCUCAAAUACCUUCACUCGGCUGGAGUCGUCCAUCGUGAUUUGAAACCAAGCAACAUUCUGGUCAAUGAGAACUGCGAUCUCAAGAUUUGCGAUUUCGGUUUGGCUCGUAUUCAGGAUCCCCAGAUGACGGGAUAUGUCUCGACUCGCUACUACCGUGCACCAGAGAUCAUGUUGACUUGGCAGAAAUACGACGUCGCCGUCGAUAUCUGGAGUGUCGGGUGCAUUUUCGCCGAGAUGUUGGAGGGCAAGCCCUUGUUUCCAGGAAAGGAUCACGUCAACCAGUUCUCGAUCAUCACUGAAUUGCUCGGAACACCCCCAGAUGAUGUUAUCAAGACCAUUGGAAGCGAAAAUACCCUCCGCUUCGUCCAGUCGCUUCCAAAGAGAGAGAAGAUCCCAUUGGCGACAAAGUUCCCCAACUCGGACCCUGUUGCUUUGGAUUUGCUCGAAAAGAUGUUGGUGUUUGACCCCAAGAAGCGUAUCAAUGCCGGCGAUGCGUUGUUCCACAAGUACUUGGAGCCUUACCACGAUCCCGAUGAUGAGCCCAUUGCUGCCGAGGUCUUUGACUGGUCGUUCAACGAUGCGGACUUGCCCGUCGAUACCUGGAAGGUCAUGAUGUACAGCGAAAUUCUGGAUUUCCACCAUGUGGAUGAGGCACAGGGCUUUAUAGGCGAUGUCCCACAGCAGUAA